AUGGCCAAAGCACAACACGAAAUCUCCCAGAUAAUCUCCUCCCUAAUGCUCAUCCUGUGGAAACACACCGAUAGCCUGGGCAUCCCCCACCGACCCUUCGGCCACGACUGGACAGAAAUGGAAACCCACGUAUCUCGACUCCUCCUCCUACGAGGAAUGAUCCAAACAGGCUCCAGCAUCCCGGAGGAUCCGUGGAACUUCAUUCUCAGCGAGUUUGGUCCGACUAAUGCGCCACUAUCGUGUUUGGAUCCGGGCGAUUCUUGUUCGCAGUCGUCGAUUUUGUUGCAGCCUUCGCGGUGUGCGCCGUCUAGAUGUCAUGUUCGGUUUCAGGACUCGCCUGCUAAUUGUGUGAGGGAUGGGAGGGGGUCUAGGGUGAUUGCGAGGUCGGUUACCUAG